AUGGCCCAGACCGUCCUUCUGAGUGUUGCCCUUCUGAGUGUCGUCCUCUCCUUCCAUGGCGCCUUGGGCAUCAGUGGCUGCAGAGUCACUCAAACCGGGCUGGAAAACUGUAAGUGAUGCUGCCCUUGCUGCAGAUGUGCCACUUAAAAUCCCCAAGCCAACCAUUUAUUUAUUUUGCAGAAAACCCCCAGGUAGCUCAACGCUUGGUGUGUUUCUCGGAUGCAACAACAACCCAUACGAACAGGUUCCAGACACGGUUCCUUGCCAUGCCUCCCCUCCCUCAGAGAACCAGGGGAACUGUAGUUUUGCGAGGGCGCAAAGAGUUCUUGGGCCUGCACAUUUCUUGGGAUUCCUUCCUUGUGCACCACCAGCUACGACCUUUAAGACAUUCUGGAGCUGUGUGGCAUCUAUAGGGUUGUGGUUGGCAUCUGUCUGUCUUCAGAGACAUUGGAGUGUGACUGCUGCGUUAGCAGCACCAAAGCGACCUCUGGGGGACAAGACUGGGCAGUGUGUUUGGAGGUCCUGGGAUGCCCAGAGGACAAGACCUCCCUCUCAGCCCCACUGAUGUGGUCCAGAGGAAAGCAGAGCAAUGUGUUUGAGCCUUUUCUUCUCCCAGCAGAUUCCCUGCAAGGCAGUGGAGGUUUAGGAUGAGCGCUUUGCUUCUCCUAGAUGGGUUCCCUUCCCAGGUGGGCAAGGUUCAGCCAGACGUUCCAACUUCCAGAUACCUGCUGAAAACUUUUGCAAUUAUUCCAUCAGGCUUGAGCAGGCAAUUAAGAACGGCAUCUUUCUGUAAGAGCUAGCUGACCUCUGAUUAUAAUUUUUUAUACAGCUUUAUAUACAGGUGAAACACGGAAAAUUAGAAUAUCGUAGAAAAGUUCUUUAAUUUCAGUAAUUCAACUUAAAAGGUGAAACUAAUGUAUGAGAUAGACUCAUGACAUGCAACGCGAGAUAUGUCAAGCCUUUAUUUGUUAUAAUUGUGAUGAUCAUGGUGUACAGCUGAUGAAAACCCCAAAUAAACAAUAUCAAAAAAUUAGAAUAUUAAAUGAAAUCAGCAAAAGAAGAAUUGCAAAUAGCUGUACGCCACAGCAAAUAAAGGCUUGACAUAUCUCGCUUUGCAUGUCAUGAGUCUACCUCAUAUAUUAGUUUCACCUUUUCAGUUGAAUUACUGAAAUAAAUGAACUUUUCUCAUGGCCACGACUUUCCCAAUGCUGAAUGUGGAAGACUGCUGGCUUGCACCAACCCUGGCUUGUUCCAGGGCAUUGAAGAACCUGGUCCUUGCCUCUCCCUUCUCCAAUAAUCUCCUGUUUGUGUUGUCUUUACAGAUUGCCUUUCCACAAAAGAUUACUGGGCGCAAUCCCUGCAAGGUCCUAUCCAACAGCUCCCUGUCCCCGCCCUUCCUGGUCUGGCUGGGUGAGUAACGAUCUUCCUGCGGGGAAGUCAUUAGUUUAGAUGCUUUUAUGGGAGACAAGUUCCACUCUCCAAGUUGCUCCGGGUUCUUUUUUCUCUUGGAAUUCUGGAAGCCAAGACCCAAGUUUGGGGCAAGCGCUCUUUGGUGAGAAGACCCCCCAGCAGAGAUGUAGCAUGGCAAAACACGCAGCAAAGAGAAGUGUAGAAAUCUAGGCUGUGAAACCUUUCAAAUGUGUCCUUCUGGUGAAUCGCACAAUGUCCCCUUUUAAAAGUUUUCCUCAAGCUAUCCCACUUCCCUUGCACAGAGAGAGGCCACAUGUCCAGUAAGUCAUAAAGUGCUUUACUUACAAACUGUCCAAAGGUCAGGUUCAUGUGCUUUUCCAUACAGCAGUCAGAAAAGAUGCACAGGCAGUUUAAAAUGUUGCUUAGUUAUAAAAGGUAAAAGUAGAGGAGAGAAAAGCUAGUUUCAGACUCCAUUCUUUCUGAAACAAAAGAGGCUGGUUAAAGCCAUGCGACCGGAGCAAACAGCUCAGACCUCCUCACAUGCUGUAAUCCACACGCUUCGUCUAAAUCGGUGGUCCCCAUACUUUUGGGGGCUACUGCCCCUUUGGUUCCAUAAACCCAUCCCCAAUGCCCCUUGCCUUACCCUCUAGAAAGCCUUAUUCAGAAUGGUGGUUUGCAUGACCUACUAAGAAGAACAACACAGUGAAAUUCAAAAUUGUCAUGGUGGCUUGUACAUUUAUUCAAAAUCCAAAUGAAGCCGUUCAAUCAAAUGGAUGAAUGUUAUCCAGUGAUGCCAGAUUUUCAAAGUCUGAUAAGUCUUUUGCAACUCCAGUGCCCCCCCAACACCUCCUUGCCUCUUAGCACCCCACCCUGGGUAAUCCCCCUGCCCCCUGGUAGCAGUCCCUCUCCUAGCAUCUAUACAUAUCCGUACAAAGACUAUGGGCCCAGAAUUGAUUAUUGAUGGAUGCCAGUAGAGUUACUUAAGAAGAGAGACCCAGGAGAAUCCAGUCUGCUUUAAAGCAUCCUGGAUUACUUAAACUACAAGGCUAAAGCUAGCCUAUCAAAGCUUCCCUUUUAAUCUGCAAAGGAAUGGCACUCUGCUGAACUCACAAAUGUGAGCAAGGAAGGAUAAUAUGCGAUAAAUAGAUCCUCUCCUAGCAUCUAUAAACAUUCCUACAAGUACUGCCCACUUUGGGAAUCAUUGGUCUCUAAAACAAUGGCUGUCACCCACCUGAAUAGAACUUUGCCAAUUAAUCAGAUGCUUAAUAAAUAAUAAUAAUAAUAAUAAUAAUAAUAAUAAUUUAUUAUUUAUACCCUGCCCAUCUGCCUGGGUUUCCCCAGCCACUCUGGGUGGCUUCCAACAAAAUAUUAAAAUACAGUGGUCUGUUAAACAUUAAAAGCUUCCCUAAAAAGGGCUGCCUUCAGAUGUCUUCUAAAAGUCUGGUAGUUGUUUUUCUCUUUGACAUCUGGUGGGAGGGCGUUCCACAGGGCGGGUGCCACCACCAUGAAGGCCCUCUGCCUGGUUUCCUGUAACUUGGCUUCUUGCAGCAAGGGAACCACCAGAAGGCCUUCGGUGUUGGACCUCAGUGUCCGGGCAGAAUGAUGGAGGUGGAGACGCUCCUUCAGGUAUACUGGACCGAGGCUGUUUAGGGCUUUAAUGGUCAGCACCAACACUUUGAAUUGUGCUCGGAAAUGUACUGGGAGCCAAUGUUGGUCUUUCAGGACUGGUGUUAUGUGGUCCUGGCGGCCACUCCCAGUCACCAGUCUAGCUGCCGCAUUCUGGAUUAGUCGUAGUUUCCAGAUCACCUUCAAAGGUAGUCCCAUAUAGAGCGCAUUGCAGUAAUCCAAGCGAGAGAUGACUAGAGCAUGCACCACUAUGGCGAGACAGCCUGUGGGCAGGGAGGGUCUCAGCCUACUUACCAGAUGGAGCUGGUAAACAGCUGCCCUGGACACAGAAUUGACCUGUGCCUCCAUGAACAACUGUGAGUCCAGAAUCACUCCCAGGCUGCGCACCUGGUCCUUCAGGGUCACAGUUACCCCAUUCGGGACCGGGGAGUCCCCCACCCCUGCCCACCUCCUGUUCCCCCAAAACAGUACUUCUGUCUUGUCAGGAUUCAACCUCAAUCUGUUAGCCGCCAUCCAUCCUCCAACCGCCUCCAGACACUCACACAGGACCUUCACCGCCUUCACUGGUUCUGAUUUAAAAGAGAGGUAGAGCUGGGUAUCAUCCGCAUACUGAUGAACACCCAGCCCAAACCCCCUGAUGAUCUCUCCCAGCAGCUGCUUGUAGAUGUUGAAAAGCAUGGGGGAGAGGACAGAACCCUGAGGCCCCCCACAAGUGAGAGCCCAGGGGUCUGAACACUCAUCCCCACCACCACUUUCUGAACACAGCCCAGGAGGAAGGAGCGGAACCACUGUAUAACAGUGCCCCCAGCUCUCAGCCCCUCUAGACGGUCCAGAAGGAUGCUUUGGUCGAUGGUAUCAAAAGCCGCUGAGAGAUCCAGCAGAACUAGGAAACAGCUCUCACCAUUGUCCCUAGCCUGCCGGAGAUCAUUGACCAGUGCAACCAAGGCAGUUUCAGUCCCAUGAAGAGGCCUGAAUCCCGACUGGAAGGGAUCCAAAUGGUCCGCUUCUUCCAGGCGUGCCUGGAGUUGUUCAGCAACCACCAGCUCAGUCACCUUGCCCAAGAAUGGAAGAUUUGAGACUGGGCGAUAGUUGGCCAUAUUGGCCGCAUCUAAAGAUGGUUUUUUAAGAAGCGGUUUAAUAACCGCCUCUUUCAGCGGGUCUGGGAAGGCUCCCUCACAGAGGGAAGCAUUCACCACCCCACAAAGCCCAUCGCCCAGCCCUUCCCGGCUAGCUUUUCUAAGCCAGGAUGGGCAAGGAUCAAGGAGACAGGUGGUUGGUUUCACUCGUCCAAGCAGCCUGUCCACAUCCUCGGAGGUAACAAAUUGGAAUUGAUCCCACACAACUUGACUAGACAGGACUCAAGCACUCUCCUGCCCCGGCCCUGCUCCCACGGUGGAGUCUACCUCUUCCCGAAUCUGAGCGACUUUAUCUGCAAAAAACUUUGCAAAAUCAUUGCAGGAGAUCAUGUGGCCCGUAUCUCUUAAUGAAUUGCUUCAAAGGUGCAUAUAUCUGCAUGGGAGUAAAAAACCCAAGACCGCAGUACUUGGGCAGUCUCCUUCCUUUUUUGCUUUUGAUGGUCACACGCAGUCGCAGAGCAGUAAAUGCUGACACGCCGGAGCUUGCGAUGACCAUAGCCGGAAGAUCCCUUGUCCACCAUGGAAAUGGCUGGCAAAGGGUUGCGUCGCAAGGAGCGUGUUUUCCUUGGGUCGUGGAAACUUCGGCUGACGCUGCUCAGCCCCCUCCUAACAGCUCCUUUUCCUUUUCUGCAGCUGCCGAUUCGAUGUCCUGACGUGUGAGCGUGUGAGCGUGGUUUUCAGGCCGCCCUAUGGAGUGGACGUUGUUGUGUGCUUCGUGGUCCAGAUCAAGUGCUCUUUGCUGUGAGUAAGAUGCAUCCUGGGUCGCUGGGCAGAUUUGGGAGACCCUUCGUUGCCGAAAGUUGUGAAGACAAAACCGCAAAAGCCUUUGCGCCCGCUCUGCCCGGCUGCUCGCGCACGGCAGGACUCUCCCCUUGGCCGUGACCUCUGUGGUUUGAGGACAGGGGGGUGCUGAUCUCUUGGCACCCCCUUCCCCUUGGCGCCUGCUGGGCGUAAGGGGCCAGUCUAUUCUGGCUGGGUGGGAAAGGCAACUCCAGAGGUGAAAAGGGGCAGAUCAACAAAGGCAAACCCGGCCUUUACCAGGGAAGUGAAGGAACAUCUCUACACGCCAAGAUGAAAUAUGCAGGAGAAUGAGUGAAAGGAAUAUAUGGCCUGGCUCAUGACAUCCUCUGUCUUGCAUUUAAGAGCGCUAAAGAAAAAUCAGAUGGGAGGGUGGCUCUCCAGAUGAUUUGUCAUUUCACAUCAUCCCCUGACAGCAUGGCUAAGGGCACAUAGGAACAUCGGGAGCUGCUUUUUGCCUGGUCAUCUAACUACAUGCUGUCUAUGCUCUGGAUGGACCUUCAUAAUAUGGCCACCGUUCUCUUCUUUCUCUUUCUCUUUCUCUUUUUUCUCUUUCUCUUUCUCUUUUUUCUCUUUCUCUUUCUCUUAAGGCCUUUCUUUUCUUUUUGUUCUUUCUGCCUUUGUUCUUUUUUCCCAAUUAAGUAGCUGUUUUAAUUCCGUAUAUUAUAAAAAUAUACUUUGCUGUGGGUUUGUAUUUUUGUAUAUCUUUGAAUAGGUAUCUCUAGCUAUAUCUAUCUAUCAUCUAUCUAUCUAUCAUCUAUCGAUCGAUCGAUCUAUCUACCAUCUAUCAUCAUCUAUCUAUCUUUCUAUCUAUCUAGGAAAUAUUGAGCAGAAGAGAAGGGAAUAAAAAAAUGUUUGAUGUUUCUCAUCUUUGUCUAGAGGAACAUUUCUACUGACAUUUUCCUGCCUUUUGCAUGCAAAUUAAACCGAAGAGUGAAAUUAGUGGCUAUAUUUUACACAUUCCAUUUCCUUGAGCACUUUAAUAGGCUGCAAAUAUUGGCCCUUAAAUUUUCAAGGGGAGGAAGAUAAUCUUUUGUAAUAUUGUUGCAGGAUAUAUGAGCAUUUCCAGAGCAAGAUUAUAAAAUUUUUAGAAGCAAGGAAGAAUUCCACCCCACCGGUUCCUCCGCUAGGGAGCAUGAUUUAUAAGCAAAUUUCAAGAUUAGUCCCCCUCUCAAGAUAAUUUCACUUCCUUAUUCCUUUCUUGUAAACUGCUGUCUUUUGCAAUGAUUCACCCAUCACGGGAGUGGGGAGGGUGAAGGGAUGCCAGGGACGCUGGGGCAGCUAAAUCCCAUUUGAUUCAUUUGAUUCCUCCAAUAUGGCGCCCUGUGCAAGCCCCAAAUUUGGCUGCCCCAAAUGGAUCUUCUCCAUCACAGAUCUGCACAAUUCUGUGCCCCCUUGGCUAGGCACCCUGCGCGGAGGAACCACCGGCAACGCCCUAAAUCUGAUUCUGCUCCAUUACUGGCAGUGGCUCUCCAGUCUUAUCUGAAGAUGCCAAGAUUUGAACCUGGGACCGUUUGUGUUCAGAGCGCACGCCUGGCCACUGAGCCGUGCCUCGUCUGGGGUGGUGUUGGCGGCCAUAGUGCCCUCGUUUCGGCCUCGCCUCUCGAAUCAGGGAUGGAUAGCAGCUGACCUUCCUCUCCUCUCUGCUUAGGCUCACAGUGCGCAUCGCAUUUUGUGCUACUAUCCGGCUGGCGGUGGUACCUUUGGGGCUGAGCUUCGGCAGCUGCUCUUCAGAGUACGUGGAAGUCAAAGUAGAUCCACUGAUCAAGUAGGUGAUGCUCAACUUCCUUUCCUUGGCAGGGGGACGGGACAGGCGGGGGUCGGUCAAGCACCUCUCUUUCCCACAACCAGGGGAAAUGCCCUGAGCCAUCAAAGGUGUGUGAGAUUCCAGCCAAGUCUAUCACCAGAUCUAGGAAAGCAGCUUGUUCAGGGGCCACUGUGGAAGGAGAUGUGGGUCCAGAUCUGGCCUCCACAGUCACUUACGGACUCACUGUUCAAACCGUGUUUAUGGAAGACAAUCUUCCUCGGCUAUGAGGGAUCGCCCAAGAAGAAAGACCCAGAAAGGCAAAGGGCUACAGCUUCCAUGCAGGGGUGGAGUGCAUGGAAAUGCUGCCCAGGUGGGGUGUGCAAGGCGGUGUGGUGCGGAGGGAACCGGCUGCAGCAAUGGGGCAGGGGCUCACUCCUGCACCCCAGUCCUGGAGAGGGCGCAGCAGUAUUGCAACCCAACCCUAAACCACUUUCUGCCAGGGCUGCUGGGCCGGCCGUGAGGAAGCAGGAUCAGAUCUUCACCCUCCAUGCUCUCCAGCACCCCCUGCUGGCAGGGCACAAGGGGGAUCUCUGCCGGGGGGCUGGUUCAAUUGCAAUUAUGGGAAGCGAUGCAUAAAUGAAAUGAAUAAUAACAACAGAAUAUGAAGAAAGGAAAGAGGAGCAGGAUUCCAAAGAACCUCUCUGCUAACUUAAUUCCUGCUCUCUUUUUUUGUAGUUUGCAGCUGCCAGUAGUGGCGCAAAUCCUGGCCCCCGUGCUGGAUCCUGUGGUAGGUCUCACAGAGCAUUUUAUCUCCCCUCUGCUAGCAGCCCCACAUCAACAAAGCGGUUCCAAAAAAACAGGAAGCAAAUUCAGUUGAUCGGAGGCCUCUGCCUCUGCAAUGCUCUCUUCAGGGGAAUCUGGUGUCUCUUGUGCAUCUAUGCUUUAUUGUUGUUGAUUAGUCAUGUCCGACUCUUUGUGACCCCCUGGACCAGAGCACGGCAGGCCCUCCUGUCUUCCACUGCCUCCCACAACUUGGUCAAACUCAUGCUGGUAGCUUUGAGAACACUGUCCCACCAUCUCGUCCUCUGUCGUCCCCUUCUCCUUGUGCCCUCCAUCUUUCCCAACAUCAGGGUCUUUUCCAGGGAGUCUUCUCUUCUCAUGAGGUGGCCAAAGUCUUGGAGCCUCAGCUUCAGGAUCUGUCCUUCCAGUGAGCACUCAGGGCUGAUUUCCUUCAGAAUGGAUGCAUUUGAUCUUCUUGCAGUCCAUGGGACUCUCCAGAGUCUCCUCCAGCACCAGAAUUCAAAAGCAUCCAUUCUUCGGCAAUCAGCCUUCUUUAUGGUCCAGCUCUCACUUCCAUACAUCACUACUGGGAAAACCAUAGCUUUAACUAUACGGACCUUUGUCGGCAAGGUGAUGUCUCUGCUUUUUAAGAUGCUGUCUAGGUUUGUCAUUGCAUACUAUCUGCAUGCUAUCCCUUGCUUUUCCCUGUAGGACUAAUUGCAGUUGUUAACAGUUGUCCACAGGUUCACCAUACCCAUUGAGUCAAUCACCCAUCUCCUACUACCCUCCUGAGAAAAACCCCACCCCACCCUCCCACUAUAUAUAAGGGUCUGGUGACUUCUAUUUCAUGUGACUAAUAGGUGGCCAUAACUUUCCAGACCUGGUAAAAGCAUGCACACGAAAGCUUAUUCCCAGAACAAACUUAGUUGGUCUCUAAGGUGCUACUGGAGAAUUUUUAAAUUUAUUUUGAAAAAGUUCACUCACAUUUCAGUUCACGAUUUGAUCCCUGAAAGGCAGGCUUUAGCUAGUAGUUACAUCAGAAUCUGUGAGUUCAUCUCACAUGGAGAUUGAACUCAUGUGCUGCUGGCUGAGAGCCAGCAGACAGCAAAAUUACAUUAAGAAAACAAAAUGGCCGCAGGAGAGCAGCAUUGCAGUAAGAGAUCAGCUAGCAAGAGAGCAGGUGAAUGUGUGAGAGAGAAAGCUUAAGAUGGCUGCAUGACUCGGCUCUUUUAUGGAGUCAGCCAGGGCUGUGCCCAUCUCCCAGGUCACACGCAGAGGGAGGACACUCCAGACCAGUGGAACAGGAAGUUUGACUGGCUGGACGGUCAUCCCCUGUAUGUCCACUCUAGCAAUACAGGUAAUGUUGUACUUGACUGCUCCACUGGAUCACAUCCCACAUCUAGGAGGUCCCCAAAAGAGUGGGGCAUGAAGGCACCUGCUUGAUCCCAAGAGACAAGGAGUUCCAAGUUUCUGACCCACUGGACCUUCUCUUUUCCUGCAGGUUUGUAGCCAUGCCCCGAAGAUGAUCACGCAACUGAACAUCGUCCUUAAUCUCCAACUUCGUAAGCAUUAAUGGGGUGCACCGCUGGUUUACUUAAAAGACUCACGAGUCACUUUGAUAUUUUAAAAAAAUCCCAAAGUGGUACGCAAAAGAAUAGAAUGUCUACAGCAGGCACAAUAAGAUGAUAUUUAUCCAGAAAGCUCUACACCUUCACAGUAACCCAGUGAUGGCCAGACUUGGCCACUGUGGUAACCAAUAACGUAGCUGAACUCUGCUCUGAAAAUGAACGCAAACGGGUUUUGGCCGACGCAGAGGACACAAAACGGCAUUAGGAAUGAGGUCACCAGGGAGGAGGCUAAAGCUGAUGGUCUAAGGGUCAAAAAUGAAGUCUAGCGUUAAAUAGGUCUUUGGUUCCCAGUCCUGGGAUUCUCCUUUUUUUGUUUUUGAAGAAGAGGAUUUGAGAGGCAAAAGUUUCAUUUGGAUUUUUGGGGGUGGGGUGAAAGUCCCUAUUCUUCAGAACUCCCUGCCUAUCAUGUACUUCUAGCCCAGAGGUUGGUACCGCCUCUUGCCCUUUAGUCUCAGUGCUGUCCCUUGCAGAACUCAGCGGGGGGCAAGAUGGAGACCAGACCGUGUUGCCUCUGCCUGACAUUGGCUCUCUGGCUCCACCUACUGCCCGACUCCUGGCCUCCUGCCCCAUCAAUCCCAAGAGCUGCCAGCCAUCCCUGCUUGGGCUACUGUUCUGCUGUGCUUUGUGGUCCAGCUUUGGAAAACUCCUGAUCUUUCUCCCCCAGAGCCAACGCCGUUCUUCACAGGCUGCCAGUACAUCUGCACAAGGCCCUAUCCGCCUCAACUCACCUCCGGCUACUUGGAUUUCCCUUUUGUGGUGAGUGGAUUCAUCUUCUAGGAUGCUUGUUACAGGCUCAGAGGGGGUCAGUCUGAAUAAAGGAUGCAGGGAGGGAGGGCUAGAAUUAGGGCCGGGCGAUAUUUCAAGAUUGUGAUAUAUCACCAGCUAAACAUUGCAAUAUACUGAUAAAUCACUAUGCCUGAAAUAAGGAUCAGGCUAUGUACAGGCAUACGUGGAUGGCGCUGUGGGUUAAACCACAGAGCCUAGGACUUGUCGAUUGGAAGGUCGGUGGUUCGAAUCCCUGUUACGGGGGUGAGCUCCUGUUGCUCAGUCCCUGCUCCUGCCCACCUAGCAGUUCAAAAGCACGUCAAAGUGCAAGUAGAUAAAUAGGUCCCCCUCCAGCGGGAAGGUAAACGGCGUUUCCGUGUGCUCCUCUGGUUCGCCAGAAGAGACUUAGUCAUGCUGGCCACAUGACCUGGAAGCUGUACACCGGCUCCCUCGGCCAGUAAAGCGAGAUGAGCACCGCAACCCCAGAGUCGGCCACGACUGGACCUAAUGGUCAGGGGUCCCUUUACCUUUUAUGUACAGGCAUUGGCUGGCUUCACAGUUUUCCCCACAUGGUGAUUUUUGCACAGCGCACACAGAUUCACAAUAUAUUGGCACAUCAGAAAUUAUGAAACCAAUAUCACAAUAUGGACUUCAAACCAGUUUGGGAUGAUACAUCACCCAGAGCUAAGACACAUCAUGAUUCACGAUAAACUGCCAGGCCAAAAAUUAUGGAGCCGACAUCACAAUAUGGACUUCAAACUGGUUUUGGAUUAUAUAUUGAUAUAUCGCCCAGCCCUAGUUAGAACCAGAGGAUUCUAUUGCGGAACUGGUCUUUGCGGGACAAGGACCUUUGCUGCCAAUCAAGCGUCCCCAAAGCAUUCCAAAGGAAUGAGCCAGGUUGGAAGAGCCACAACUAAUGCUGUGAGCUGCUCCAUCUUGGACUCAUAUGAAUGAAAAUAAAGCCAUAAAGCCACUGAACUUUUCUCCAAGGAAACUGAACCCGGGCAAGCGUUGCAGGGGGUUGGACUUGAUGACCUUUGGGUUCCCUUCCAACGCCACAAUUCUAUGAUUCUAUGAAGCACCUGGAACCCCCUGGAGUCUCUUCCCACUAGGAGAUUGGGGUGGCGCGUACCAAUAUAAUAGGGUCACCUCCUUGUUGCUGCAGAGGCUGGAACUGUCUUGCUCAUAGAAUUGUAGUGGGAAGGGACCCCAUAGCUAAGGGGGCCAUGGCCCCGGGCACAAAUUUAUGAGGGGGUGCAACCAGGCACCCCCGUGAGAGGAUUCCUCAUUGAGGCCGGAGUUGCGGGGUGGCAAGCUGUGCCCAGGCUGGACCUUCGUGGCUGGAGCAACGCGUUGGCCUCCUUCUCGUGGCUGGGAACGCAAGCCCCGCCCCUGGGUUGGCGGAGAGGGAGGGAUAGGGAGGGUGCCCCCACUGCCGCUGCCACACACUGAGGGAGGAGGGGUGGAGGAAGAGGAAGGUGGGAAACCACUGCCGGAGCCGGUUGCCCAGAGCACCUCGCUGCAAGGACAUGAGGGCGAGGCGACACAGCGGGUCUCCCGGCUUUGUGUUUCUCUGCAUUAUCUCUGCUCUAGCCCCCGUCUCCCAGGUUGGGGCUACUUUGCAAGAAAGACUCCCUUGAUUAGACACUGGCCGGUGAAGGGACUGACUAGUCCACCAGGGGGCUGCAACACCUGCCCCAUCCCGGGUGCCAGCAACCCACGCUAUGCUCCUGCCCCAAGGAUCAUUUAGUUCAACCGGCUGCAGCGCAGGAGUCUCAGCUUGCUGCUCUCUGGGCUGGCAGUUCCUUUAGCAGUUGGCGCUCUGACCUUCCCACCUGCUUUCUGAAAGGCCGCUGGACCUGCCUUGGGUCAUUUUCCAGGGACUUUCCUGUUGCCUCCAGAUCUUAUGUUCAGGCGCAGGCUGACUCAUGGCGACUGUGCUGGUCCCGUGGGUUACCCAAGAGGCGAGGUCCAAGUCCGGUCCAUGGUCAGAGGUGCAACAUGGAGACAGUCCAUAGUAGCUAAAGCUGGGUGCAGGGCAAGGAGUCAGGUGAAGUCAGGAACAGGCAUGGAAGCCGGGAGCAAGGGUGGGUCAGGAGCUCAGGCAGGAAAGCAGGACAGGGUUCAAGCAGGAACUAGCAACCAACAAUGUUGCUCCCACAACUUGGGACUGGCUGGCUGGCUUUUAUCUGUCCUGAGGCAUAGGGCGGCCCCGAUCCUCUGGUGACUCGCCUCUCGUGGCCUGGAGGUGAGCACUCCUCCUGCAGGAACUUAGUUCCCUCCGCCUCUCUGCCCUGAGCCUCUGCAGCUCUGGAGAGGCUGGAGGCUUACUGGACCCAGAGGCUUCCCCUGGCAGGGCUGAGAGUGGAGCACCUGCAGGCAAUGGGUCCUCCAUCACCCCAGGAGCCAGAGCAGACUCAGCUGGUGCCUGCAGCUGAGGAUCCAGCACAGGUGAGGACCCUUCAGGCUCAUGCCCCAGCCCUGGCUCAGCUGGUUCUGGAGGUGGGGAAUCCUGUGCAGGCUGGGAUCCCUCAGGUUCAGCCUCCGAGUCCGAAUCCCAGGCCAUCACAGCGACUGCAGUUGGGUCCCACUGAAUUUCCCCCCUCUUGUUCUCCUUGCAGCCUCAAAUGUCCUGCGGAGGAGCUGUGGUUCCCUGGCCCAACUAUCCCAUCUACUACCCGCCAGCCACCCUCGUCCCUGACGGACACAUCUGUUAUUUUUUGAACGAAGCUGACACAGGCCACAUCUUUUCAACUUUGAUGGCAAGAGAAUUGUUCAACCUUGAGCUCACCCAGGUGAGUUCUGCACAGUGAGGGCCCUUUCCCUGGGCAAUUGACAACAAGCUGGAGGCAGUGGGCGCCGAUUUUUUUGGGGAGCCCACUGCCCCCUUGAUUCCAUAAGCUCACCCCCAGUGCCCCCUAACUUUACCCUAUUAAAAAAGCAUCAUUCAGAGCAGCGGUUUGCACAACCUGCCCAGGAAGAGAAUAACACAAUAAAAUCCAAACCAGUAACAAUUAAUUGCACAUUUAUCCACAAUCCAAUUUAUUUGUUCGUUUACCUUAAUUAAUGCAGCCGAGGUGAUCAGCUUGAUCCAGGGCUACCAGCUUUUCAAAGUCUGGAAGUCAUUGACACCUUCAGUGCCCUUUUGCCCCUUUGCCUCUUAGUGCCCCCCCCCCCAAAUCCUACUGCCCCCCCCAAGUUGCUUCCACCACCUUUAGGAAGCACUGAGUCAGAGGGUCAACACCAGAAAUAUUUUUGCCCCGCUCAGUGAAAUAUGAAGCCUGUGCAAAGAUGGCAGCUUGAUCCGAUUCAGCUGAAGCCCUGGGAUUCAGAGAUUCAGGGACCAGUUUGUUUAUCUGGGCAAUUAAUUCUCUGCUUCAUACUGCUUAAAGUAAGGAUAGUAGGAAAGGCUAUAAUGAUUAAGUAUUAUUCUUCCUUCCCCUCAAUACAGCAAGAAACUAGUUUGCAGAUUUGUUUGAAUCUCUUUAGUUAAACAAUCCAAUUUGGCUUGCUCAGAGGGAUAAUUCCUGGUGUCGCCUUUUAUCCUUCUUAAAAUAAUAAAGACACAAGAGUCUUUCCUUAAAAGUAGCAAGAAGUUUACUAGAGUCAGGUACGUAGCCUUGUUGGUCUGAUGCAGUCGAAAUAAAUUAAAAAAUUAAAAAAAUUCUCCAGUAGCACCUUUGAGACCAGCUAAGUUUGUUCUGGGUAUAAGCUUUUGUCUGCAUGCACACUUCUUCUAAGCUUUUGUCUGCAUGCACACUUCUUCAGGUAAACUGAAACAGAAGUCACCAGACCCUUAUAUAUAGUGGGAGGGUGGGGUUUUUCUCAGGAGGGUAGUAGGAGAUGGGUGAUUGACUCAAUUGACUCAAUUUGACUUCUCAAAAGGAUUACAUCCCACACAAACACUCUCCGCUUUUCACAUCUGGAUCUCAAAGCAGAUAUGUGUUUUUUUAGAAAAAUGGGGAAAUCUACAGAAAAGAACAACUACAAUUAAAACCCCACAUUUUAAAAACCCCAGAACAAUUAGCCACGAUCCCCUUAGGGCAGUUCUACACUUGCCAUUGAUAACGUUAAAAAUGUGUUAUUAAAAUGUGACACCAGAGGCUGCUGCAGAGCAGAGAGCCACCGACAAUGGGAAACUGCCAUUCAGCGUUCUAAACGUUAUUUAAAAAUAACGUUCUGUAAGAUCAAUGUAGAUCCAGCCCCUGCCAUAAAUAUAAGGGUAGUAUCCGGUGCCAUUUGCAACAGGACACCCGUUUCUUCUUCUCCUCUCUGUGGCUUCGCACAACCUCAAGCCUCAGUUUAAGUAUCCAGGGAGACAUCCUUUCAGACAGCGUGUCUCCUUUCCCCCCCAAUUUUUUUUAUUGAUUUUCCAAAUUUAUAACAAACAUAAACAAAAAAGAAAAAAAAUACAUAUAAAAAACCAAACAAACAUACAAACAUUCAUCCUAACUAUUAUACUCCCACUUUUAUUACCACUGUUAGUUGACUUCUUCAAAUCCCUCUAGCUGAUUUUCCAUAUAUUUCAUUACAGCACUUUUCCAAUAAAAUUAACUUAAUCAAUUAACAUCUUUCUUUCUUAUCAUAUUCUAUCCAUAGUGUCAUAUUCUAUCCAUCAUAUUCUAUCCAUAGUGUCAUACAAUUUAAAACAUUUAACUCCCAAGCCAAUUUGGUACUCACAAAUAUUACUACUUAUAUUAUCUUAGAAUAUUUUACUAAAUAAUCCUUAAACUUCUUUUAAUUUAAGAAAUCUCCUGGGUGACUCUUUGAACAGAGCCCAGCAUUGGGGGGGGGACGGGACCAUGGCAGAACAUUAUAAUCAAGAUGUAUUUUCUUUCCACAGUCGACUGUGACCACCACUUUAAUAAUGAGCCGCAUCCCUGAGGUACGUGAUCCUCCUUGGCUGUGAGAUGGGUGUGUCAGGGGACGGGGAGAUUUUCAGAGAUUUGUUCAUGGGCCAGCAGGGUGGAUAAAUGGCUUCUUGACUCCCCUGCGUGUGAGCGACGGACACAUUUUGGGAGCGAUAACGACCACUUUGGAAACACCCCUCAACAAGUUCAGGACAACGAUACCCUUUUCCUCUCCCCAGGAGAAGCUCUGGAAACCAGCCUUGCAAGUUUGCAGCUUGGUUCAGCUGAUGCUGCGCAGCGGGAACCGAUUGGCUAGCGCUUGUGUUGUCGCCAGCACAUCUCUCCGCUCUGUCUAUGGAGCAGUUUUGCCGCUGUUUUCAGGGGCUUCAAUGGGGACAGGAAGGACUGCCAGCUGAAUCAGGAUUUGCCGGUCUGUCACACAAACUGUGAAGCCAGCUCCGACUGAAAGUGAAGAAUCCUCUGGGCUGGCUUUUUCAAAAGCAUUUUAUUGUUUUCCCACGUAAGAGAAACACAAUUUAAAAUACAAUAAACAGCAGCAGCUUAUAGCUGGAAUCGCUGCUUAGAACAAGUUUGUGAUGCAUAUUGAAAUCUCUCCGAUAAGUCUCUCCAGAUGUUUCUGUGGGUCUGGGGAGGUUGUCUCGGUUGAUUGUCCCAUCUCAUAUGGUGAGAUAUUGCCUCUGGCCUCCCUGAGCUGGCAGGUCAGUUUCUCGACCAGAGCAACAGGGCCACACCUGAGCAUGCCACGAAUCUUAUCGACAGGCCUGCUGCAGAAAACCAAUGUUUAGCAAUUUCUAAACAAAAACGCCAGCAUCUCCUGGUGAGAUAAGUUGAUUUCAUAGAAUUAUAGAGCGGUGGAGUUAGAAGGGACACCCAGGGUCAUUGUAUAUUAUUGAAAUUGUAUAUUAUGUCCUACAUCUUGCGCCCAUUUAAUCAGUACUGAUUUUACUUCUUCAUCUUUGGUCUCCCAUUCCAAAAGGAUAUUAUACGCCUUUUAAAAAUAAUUUUGUGUUUUCUUCUAUCACUUCCUUUUGGAAGUUGGAAGCCAACUAUGAGAAGCCUUUUUAGUUAUCCUCCUUAAAUAUAUCCUGUAAUUGUCUAUGAUGUAACCAGCUUUGAAGAUGUUCUUUUAUUUCAUCAUAUUCUUUCAGUUUUAACUUCCCCUCUUGUUCCACCAUAGAGUUCUCUCUAUGUUGACCACUCUCCUUUCCCCUCCCCCCCAAUAUUUUAAGUGAUAGUGCUUCGAUAGGUGAUAGCCACCAUGGUGUUUUGGGUUCUAAUAAAUCUUUGUAUUUCUCCCAUACUUUAAACAGUGAUCUUCUUAUUAAAUGAUUGUGGAAUCCUUUAUGCACUUUUGCUUUUCCAUACCAGAGGUAGGCAUGCCAUCCAAAUCUAUUAUCAUGUCCAGGAAUCUCAGCUUAAAGCAUCCCUGACAGAUGGCCACCCAGCCUCUGCCUGGAAACCUGCAAAGAGGGAGAGUUCACCAGAUCCCAAGAGAGUCUGUUCCACUGUCCAACAGCUCUUCCUGUCAGAAAGCGCUUCCUGGGGUUUAGCGGGAAAAUUAGAGCAAAUUAUAUAGCCAAGGUAGCCACCAACUGUAAAGGAGAUGAAUUUAUUUGACCCUAUCUACAUCAAGCUAUAUUCUAUCUUUAUCACCAAACUCCGAAUAUAAUUGCACAUUGUAUUAAUUAACAUUAUUUUUAAUAUAUUAGUGGCCAUGUGAUAAUCUUAGCUUACAAAUUUUAUUGUUUAAUGUCUUAAUUUGUAUAGUAAGGUACUUUUAUAGCUCUGUUUAGAGUAGGUAAUGUCUUGAUAAUAUAAAUGUUUUAAGUAUCAAUUCAGUAUAUUUUCUUUUAAUUGUUGAAUGAUUCUGUGUACAUUGCGGCAGCCUUUGGCUAUGUGCAAUAAAACUGACUGACUGACUGACAGCUCCUUAAAUACCAAAUUGGUCUUCCCUCUAAAAGAUAACUUCCAUAACACCUUACGUUAAAAACCUGACAGUACCAAAUGAUCGAAGGUUAUUCACCAAAGCCAGAAUAAACAUCUUUCCUUCUACAGUGUUGGAUGGCAGGUUGAGAGGAGUUCCCUACCAGGACAGACUUUGCUCGUGUGCUCAAGACAUCGAUUCCAUAAAACAUAUUUUGUUGCACUGUGCAAAAUAUGAGCAAGCCAGGGCUGAACUGAUAUUACCCUUGCUGGUACCUUUCCCGGGAAAAUCAGAGGCUCACUAUGUCAGGUUCCUAUUGGAAGACCGGACAAAUGCUAGAACAUUAGUCUGGGCAAAAAUCGGUGGUUGCAAGAACCAAGGAUCCCUAUCUUUAAGUUGGAACAAAAUGCUUGUUUAACCUGGAGGUAGACUGUCUGACUUGUGCAUUGCUUUGCUGGGUCUCUGGACGGUAAUAUGGACUGAUUGAUUGAUUGAUUGAUUGAUUGAUUGAUAACUUCCACCCCACUGAUGACGUGCGCCAGAGCCAGGAUAGAUGAUCCUGAGAGAUCACAUCUACCCUCUUCUCCCACAGAUUGACUGUCCAGCGGAUCUUUCUUCUUUGCUGAAGUUCUCGUGCACAAGCCUCUCCAUCCAGUUUACUGCUAACGCUGUCAUUCUUGAUGCUGAGCUGCGUAUCAAUAUUGGCUAUUUCCAGUCAGAGUUUGUUGGCCUCCUUCAAGCCACAGCGGUAAGUAAAAGCACCAGGCAAAUGACCCUUCAGGAACUCAGAAUCAGGGGUGGAAUUUUCUGAAAACCUCGAUGAAGAUUUUAUCUACACCUAUUUCCCUCCCCAAUUCUUGUUUUGCUCCUUGGUCUCAACAAGAAGUGCGUCUCCCCCGAUCUCCCCACCCUGCUGUACCGAAAAGAUGAACUAUUAGGAACACGUGCUCUCUAGGUUCCUAAAAGCAACCAGCACGCAGCUAUAAAUGAAAGGCAAUAAAUGGGUGAAAGACGAGCCACUCCUCUGUGCAACCUGAGCUUAGCGUUUAAUUUUGCACAUGCUUAUUUCGCUUUAUGGGAUGCGGGUGGCUCUGUUAAACCACAGAGCCUAGGGCUUGCCGAUAAGAAGGUUGGCGGUUCGAAUCCCCACGACGGGGUGAGCUCCUGUUGCUCGGUCCCUGCUCCUGCCAACCUAGCAGUUCGAAAGCACGUCAUUCUUCCAUCCUAAAAAAACCCCGGAUUCCUCUCAAUCUCCCCUGCCCCUCGGUUUGACUUUGAUGCCCUUUGCAUCCCAAUUUCAGAGAGUGAGAAUAAUUCUCCGCCCGGCCAUUGACUGCCAAAGAGGACUGCUGCUGUUGUCGGCGGAUCUAAUAAGGUAAUGCAUGCAAGGACCCGUCCCCUGCUUUGGAUUAGAUCCCUUGGGACCGUGGAUGGAGGCCCUCGUGGGCAGCUGUGGUGGGCUUGGGGCAGAGAGCGUUGUUUGUGGGCACCCGUGACGCUUCUUCCUCCCUGCACACAACCUGACUUUUCCUGGCUCUGGAAAGGUCCCCAGAUGUUGGAGAGGCCUGUCUCAGAAAGCAGGGAUGCAGGGCUGAGGCUGUGAAUGCAAGGAAGGAAAGAGGCCAUAUAGAUUGAAAGUUGCAAAGAGACCUGGGGCUGGCUUGGGAUUGAAAGCUGGGGAAUGGAUGGGGAGGGGAUGGGUGGCUCUGCCUCGCAUCACAGCGGCUCAUUCCUCUCUCCCCAGCAACCUCCAGAUUACAGCUGCUUGCAGCGGGAGCCCUUGCACAGUUGAUGUAAGUAUCAGGUGAUUUAAUGGGGGCAGCGGGGCUCGUGGGUGGAGCUGACCUCACUCAGCCCUUCCCCCCCUCCAACCUUUAGUCAGGCAAAAUCAACAUCUCAUGAAUUUUUGCCCAGGCCAUUGUAGGGCAUAUCGACCACACAGAUUUUUUUUUAUAAGAUAUUUAUUAAGAUUUUUUAAAAUAUUACAAUAAAAGUAAAAAAAAAUAACAAAAAUACAAAAUAAAAAUAGUUAAAAACACAUAGAUUUUCCAUUACUUAUUUUCCUUUAGCUUGUUUCCUGGACCUCCUCAUACCUCCCUUUUUUGUAUUCCACUUCAAUCUGUUGGUUCAGCAAAUCCUUACCCUCUUUAAUUAUCCUAAUCUUUGAUCUUAAAAGUAAUAGCAUUAGCUUUUUACCUAUUUAUAACCCUUUUUUCAUAUUCCCUUAAAGCAUUACAGCUGGAAACCACUUAAUUACUAUCCAACAUCAUUCUAAUAUUCAUUAAUUUUACAAUAUUUCUGUAGAUAAUCUUUUGAAUUUCUUCCAAUCUUCUUCCACCGACUCUUCUCCCUGGUCUCGGAUUCUGCCAGUCAUUUCUGCAAGUUCCAUAUAGUCCAUCAGCUUCAUCAUCCAUCAGAUUUUAAACCGAGUGACACAUCUCUUCCCUCUCUCUAGGGAAUUGGGGCCCUGUGGUUUUGAGGGUGGCAGGGACCUCUAGCAGAGACCCCCCAGCCUUGACACCCAACUACAAUUCCCAUGAUUCCUCGAGGGGAAGCCAUGACAGAGUGGAACUGGUGUUGAAGCGAUGCUGGUUGCAAUGCAGAGAAUACGCUCCCGCCUUGCAUCUUGCAGUUUCUGGGCUCGAUGGUUCUCCCCGUGGUCUUCCUUGGGGUCUUCACGCCUCUAAAAUUACUAGCAUUUGUCGAAGCCCCCAACUCUUGAUCUAUGCCAUUCAGGGCUCUGCCCAGUAUACCUGAAGGAGCGUCUCCACCCCCAUCAUUCAGCCUGGACACUGAGGUCCAGCGCCGAGGGCCUUCUGGCGGUUCCCUCCCUGCAAGAAGCCAACUUACAGGGAACCAGGCAGAGGGCCUUCUCGGUAGCGGCACCCGCCCUGUGGAACACCCUCCCACCAGAUGUCAAAGAGAACAACUACCAGACUUUUAGAAGACAUCUGAAGGCAGCCCUGUUUAGGGAAGCUUUUAAUGUUUCUUAAUUUUUGUUGGAAGCCGCACAGAGUGGCUGGGGAAACGCAGACAGAUGGGCAGGGUACAAAUAAUAAAUUAUUAUUAUUAUCCAACACACCCUGGGAGAAGUGCUACUUACCUACCUUUCCCCCAGUCUCCUUCCAGUUGCUUUGAAAGGGACCCCAAAAGGCAUCUAGUCCACCCCUUUGGCCCAAAGGCUGGUGGUCUCCGACUCACCCUGCUGCCCCACUCCCUUUCUUCCCUAUACGGAAAGCAAGUGCAAAUGCAGGAAAGGUGCGACGCCUCAGAAGGUGGCCCUAUUCUCCUUCAUUUGGAGGCUGCAUGGCCAUGCGUCAUGGAUUCUUUAGACGUGGUUCCUGCACUGCAGCGGGUUGGACUACAUGACCCUCAGGGACCCCUUCGAAGUCCACAGCUCCAUGAUUCCCAUCUGCCUCUCUCUUGACGCGUGGAGGGUUUUCUUUUCGCAGGGCUCCGUGAUAGAGGAACUGUUUCCGAUAAGGACACACUGCCAGGACUUAUUCAACGGUGAGUGUUGCUCAGGGGCGCGUUUUGCUGACACGGCUGGUGAGAUUUGCACUGGCUCAAGCAUCUCCUUCCGACUUCGCCGCAGUGAAAUCUAGGGGAUGGUCGGUUUAAAGGUUCCAGCAUUCAGGGACACUUGACAUGAAUGUCGGGGGCCCCCCCAAUCCUCACUUGCCCCCAAAUGGAAAGCCUUGUGAGACUGGCUUGACUGGUGGGUAAAAAAAUAAAUAAAAAGCAUAGCAGAAAAAAUAACUCAAAUAUUAUGUGUUGCCAAAGGCUUGGAGGACUCUAAAAAACCCAAGCUGUUUGGUCAGGACUCCCUCUCUGCAGUAUAUAGUGGAGUUUGGCUUUCCUAAUGGUCUUAAGCUGUCUACCAACCUAACAAUAAGUCUUUCCCAGAUAUACCAUGUUGCUUUUUUUGCCCUUCUAUUAUUUUUGAUGCCUUGGUUUCUUUAAUUUAUUUCACCCACCUUCCUCAUCCCUUUGGUGGUACAGGAAAAACAACUUACUGCUUAACUUAAAGAAAACAAAAGAGAUAAUUGUGGACUUUAGGAAAUGUAAAUUGAAUAUUCAGCCACUUAUUAUUGAGGGGAAGUGCGUGGAACAGGUCUUGGUGUUUCGAUUUCUGGAAAUGGAGUUGAGAGAUGACCUAACCUGGGGAGAAAACAGCAAAGACCUGAUGAAGAGAGCACAGCAGAGGUUAUAUUUUCUGAGAAUCCUCCGGAAAAACAAUCUCUCAAAGGACCUGUUGAUGGCAUUUUACCAUUGUACUGUGGAGAGUGUAUUAACUUAUGGUCUCUGUGUGUGGUUUGGGAGCUGCACGGUCUGGGGAAAAACAAUGCUGUCCAGGGUUGUAAAGACUGCAGAGAGAAUAAUUGGGUGCACUCUUCCCACCUUGGAUCAAAUCUACGCUUCCAGGUGCCAUAAGAAAGCUGCAGAGAUAGCGCAGGAUAGUGUACACCCUGGAAAUGAUCUCUUUCAGCUUCUGCCUUCUGGAAGAAGGUCCAGGGUUAUAAAGACUAGGACUAGCCACCUGAGAAACAGUUUCUACUCAAAUGCAAUUCUGGUUCUAAACACAGCAUAAGGAGUCUCUAUAGUAUAUUGUAUUUUAAAAUGGGGUUUCAGAGUUUUUUGGGGGUUUUGAAUGUCUUAUGUAGAUUUUCAAUUUCCUUGUUCUGUAUGGGACAAUGACAAUAAAGAUAUUGUAUCGUAUCGUAAGUGCUCCAAGGCAAAAAUGCCAGGGGUAUCAGUCUUUGGCUCUUGCGAUGUGGGCACAGCCAUAACUGCAUAAUAAUUUUUUUAUUCCCCAUCUUCUCCUGCAGAGAGGCUGAGAGGCGGAAUCCCAUGGCCUUUCCCCAUAAACUGUGCCUGUUCCUCCUGCCGUGACGUCAUUGUUAUCCCGGUGAGAAGAGAGACUUUAAUUUGUAUGCCAGUGUUGGGUGGGAGUGCCUAAAUCUGUGUUUGGGGAGAGAAUGGGGGACGUAAGAAAUGGGGGAAUUGGGAAAUAAUGCGGGGGGGGCACUGUGUUCCAUAAUCCCUCUUCUGUAUUCGUAAGAACUUGAUCAUUUAGUGUGGCAGCAGCUACCCUUUGGAACUCCCUGCGUCUUGAUGUUGAGCUUAGAAACGCUUGUGUGAAUUUUAUUCUGUUUUGGUAUUUUAACUCCAGCUCUGGAGGCGGAUCAGAGCCAUUCUGGCUAGUAGCCAUGAGAACGGGGGGAGUCUGGGGUGAGGAAGGUCUUCCUUUUGGCAAUAGCUUGACUUCCACCAAGGAUCUCUUUAGCUGCCCCUGACGGGCUCCCGCUUCAACCCAUCCCGCUUUUCACUUCCCAUAGUAAAGUUUCAUUUCAUUUAUCUCCCUCCUACUGUGUCCCGAGGGACGCGGGUGGCGCUGUGGGUUAAACCACAGAGACUAGGGCUUGCUGAUCAGAAGGCCGGCGGUUCGAAUCCCUGCGACGGGGUGAGCUCCCGUUGCCCGGUCCCUGCUCCUGCCAACCUAGCAGUUCGAAAGCACGUAAUGCAAGUAGAUAAAUAGGUAUCGCUCCGGCGGGAAGGUAAACGGCAUUUCUGUGCGCUGCUCUGGUUCGCCAGAAGUGGCUUAGUCAUGCUGGCCACAUGACACGGAAGCUGUACGCUGGCUCCCUCGGCCAGUAAAGCGAGAUGAGCGCCGCAACCCCAGAGUCGGCCACAACUGGACCUAAUGGUUAGGGGUCCCUUUACCUUUACUGUGUCCUGAAAGGGUCCCUGUUUGCCAGGAUUCCUUCCGUUGCCACCUCCCCCCCCCCCAUGGCCCCGUUCAUUCCAAAAGGGCCUGUGCAGGAGAACUUCCCAAAGGAAUUGUGCCCCGAGUUUAUUAUUUCAUAAAAGUUAUAUACCCCCUUUGAUUGGGAAAGGAAAACCUCAAGGGGCCUUGCAAAAAAGAGGAAAAAAAAUGUGUACAAGGUAUUUGUAACAAUGCAAGAAAUAUAAUUGUACAAGGAAAAUGUAUACGGAAAGUUUAAUUACUGAAACAGCUUAAAAGUCCCACCAGCUUUCUAAGCACCUGGAUGGGCUUGUCUAAAGAAGAAUGUUUUUAGCAGAUGCAAAAAAGAGUCCUGCCACUUUGAUGUCCACAGGUCGGGAGUUCCAAAGUUUGGAUGCUGCCACACUAAAUGAUGGAGUUCUUACAAAGGCGACACGGGUGUUAACGUAAUGUAGGGGCCCCAAUUCCCCUUCCCCAGAGUGCAUGUGUCCACUGUUUGGGUUUUCUGCCUCAGGUGCCAGAAUUUACACGGGCCUGAGUUGAAGAGGGUGGAAUCCAGUGGCAAAAUGGGAGGUUCAUCAUUCUCACCCAAUCUCUCCUGGCCCUUUUUUUUAAAACAGAAAUUUGCCAUGUGGUGCUGCAACCUGAACUACCUGCCCUGAUAACCUCGGGUGGCUGGAGAAGACCCUUCGACGGAAGCCAGAGCGGUCCCUUUGCUUCGCUCAGAAGGAGAAAAGGAGGGGAAACCGGGGUGGUUGAUUUCUCUAUGUUCUCUGUAGUGGGAUGGGGUCAAUCAUGCACAGGGGUGUAUCUUCAAUUGUGCACAUCUUUAGAUCUUGCAAUCAGGGCUUUUUUCAGCUGGAACUCACUUGGGUGCCAUUCUAAGAGAGCAAGGGAGGCGUUUGUGGUGAGUUCUGGCACCUAUUUUUCUAGAAAAAUAGCAGUGCUUUUUCUGCUUAAGGGCAGUUUUCAGGGGUGAUUUUAAGUGCUAAAGGGUGAGAAGAAAGUUGUUUCAUUAAAGAAUCUUCGGG